AUGAUCGGAGCCGGUGAUGCCGCUGCCAGAGUGUUGAGUGGGAUCCGGCACAUUUGUGUGAAGCCGGAAGCGUUGUUGGAGGUGAAAGCGGAAGGAUGUGAGGCCAUUUAUCAAUGGCACAUGAGCGAUGAGGUCGUCUUGGCGAUGCGGGUUUUCUGCAACGCCGUUCAAGAGCGCAACGUGGAUAAGGUGCAGAGGUUCAUUAGUGGACUGAUGGCGGCUGAGGAAGAGGUAUGAACGCUUCGGAGUGUUUGCAAUGUCGCAUGGGGCGGUUUUCCGGAGCUUUGGGAAAUUUAAAGUUUUCGUGCUGGAACUCAAAUUUUUUAUUGUCUCGAAACGAAAACUUGCUGGAAUAUCGUACCAAUGUCAGGCGGCUUAUUAAGACGCUUAUAAGACGUCUGAGGCGUUUUUGACAUUUGUAAUCGCUUUCGAAAAAUUCCGCGAUAAGCAAAAUUUGGUCCCACCACGAAAACCUCAAGCGUCCCAAAAAACCUCCAAAAGUAUCCCAGAAGAUUUCUUGAAUUUUCUAAUGUUAAUCAACAGAUUUUUCAACGGGUUAUCACACUUUAAGGCCCUAAUUUUUAGGACUCAAAGCCUCAAAUUAUGGCCGAGAAACUUUGUACCGGAGAAGUGGAAAAGUUCAAGGAAGUGCUUCUAAUCGCCAUCUUAUCCGGCAGUAGGCCUCUAACUGAGUUUGUUCUGCAGUUAUUCGUCAACUGUCCAAGUGCCGAACACACAGGAUGCAUUAAUUCGACAAUUUUCCCUCCGCAUCUCACCCCUUUAAUGGUCGCUUGUCUGUCCAAUAACUUUGCACUGGUCGAAUGUCUGCUCUUGAGAGGUCAUUACGUCGAAUUGCCACAUCGCCACGACUGUGAGUGAGAUUUUGGACGGAAUUUUCAAAGGGUUUUGUGGGAUUUCCCUGAAUGCAGGUUUUCGUGGUGGGACCUGUGAGAUAGAAAUUUAAUGGUAAAAUACGAUUUAGUUGCAAUAUAAAAAGAUCUCAUCUGCGACCAUUUUGAGGGAGUUUUGCACUUUUUUGGGUCCCGCCACGAAAUCCCUGAGGAUCAGGACACUCGAAAAUUUUGAAUGAUUUCUUUGAUUUUUGAGUAUUCAAGAUAGCCAUUGAGACAAGUCGAAAAAAUAUACGUGAAUUCACUAAAAUACGACCAUUUCUUGACUGGACUUAUUAGUUUAGGUGCCUGUUUUGAAUGUAAGCAUCACAAUGCAGCCGGCCGAAUGGAUGUGAAACGACUCGACCUGUUUCGAGUUGUCUGCUCCGAGGCAUUCCUCUGGCUGGCCACCGAUGACCCCCUUCUUUCCGCGAUGCAUCUGAUCGAGGACCUCAGAUUGUCAUUGGGCUUCAACAAUGAGCACAAGGAAGUGUAUGCGGAGCUUUUGAACCGAGUCAACACGUAUACUGUUGCAAUCUCCCAGCACUGCUGGAGUUUCGAAGAGAUGGAGGUGAUUUUGAGUCAGAAGAGGGGAUCGCGAGCCAUUUAUUGCGAUGAGCAUUAUCCUCGGGCAUUGUUGGCGAUCGAGAAGCAAAUGAAACCGGUGAGUUAUAAUACAGGGUGUCCCAAAAAAAAUGCAUGUUUUUUUCCAUGGGUCCUGACGCGAAAAUGUUUAGGUCAGGCCAAAAGAUUUUUGUACUGCUAAAAUCUCCGUGUUUUUCUGCCCUAGUCAUUUCAGUUUUGUGUUCAUAUCGAUUAAGUAGCAUGGUUUUUUAAAAUCUCAAACAAAGGAACUGCGAUUUUCUCACUAUUUUUGAGCCGUUCAAGUUGUAAAUUUGUCCAGUAUAGAAAGGACGUUGUGUCAAAAGUAAUCACGCGAUGCAAGGAGCUUGAUAACGAUAGUAAGAGUCCAGGACGUAAAGGAAAACGCACCGGCAGCGGUUCUGUCAACCGGGAGAACACCAACAGCAAAACGCUAUUUUCAAGAAAAAUUUGCCUGUGAGAUCGGCAUCAACGACCGAUCGGUCACCCGAAUGGUCUAUGAUGAGCUGUGCCUUACGCUGUAUAAGCUGUAAAAAGCUCAGAUCUUUAAAGUAGACGGCAAGUGCGUGCGGCGCGAAAAAUGUCGAAAAGUCAAGGGCCGGGCCGCAGCUCAUAGGCGCGAGCGUAUUCGUUCGUGGUUCACUAUUUGGCGGAUGCACAGCCACCAGAACAAUAGGAUCUUCUUAGAUGAGGCCCUCGGAACGUCGGCUAACGUCGAAAACUGUCAAAAUCCGGGCCGUCAUGGCCUAACAAGGGAAUGGACUUUAUGUGUAAAUCGAUUUUGGCUUGGGACCUAGUCAGAUCGAAAGGUGUGUGGGAGUCGGUUAUUCACUUGGGGGGAAAUCUCUGCGCGGGGCUUCAAAGCCGAGAAAAUCGGCUUCAAAGUUUGGACGAAAGUCAAAGGAUAAGGAUCCCGGAAAAGGAGCGAUAAAAAGUGUGAAGCAGUGGCCGAGUGGUCAGUGCGCUCGCUUUUUGCGCAAAAGGUUGCAGGUUCGAAUCUUUCCAAGCCCAAGUCAUCAUUUAUCGUUUUUACUUUUGCUUUCUUCGUGCUAAUCCGGCUGUACAUUUAAAAAAGGGGUAUAGAUAAAAAAGUUAACAUAAUGGAAAGUUGUUUUUGAAUACAUCAGGUUGAUGGUGUGCCCUGCGCUCUAAAACUGUAAAGGGAAGCUGCGAAGCCGUUGAAAAUGGAAAAGUUCCGUUUAAAAUAUACUUCUUGUAUCGAUAAUCGAGUUCAGGGGAAAAAAAUUAAUAGAAGUUUUUGUCUAAAAAACUUAUGAAUGGAAGCAGAUUCGAACUUGCGACCUUUUGCGCAAAAAGCGAGCGCACUGACCACUCGGCCACUGCUUCACACUUUUUAUCGCUCCUUUUCCGGGAUCCUUAUCCUUUGACUUUCGUCCAAACUUUGAAGCCGAUUUUCUCGGCUUUGAAGCCCCGCGCAGAGAUUUCCCCCCAAGUGAAUAAUCGACUACCACACACCUUUCGAUCUGACUAGGUCCCAAGCCAAAAUCGAUUUACACAUAAAGUCCAUUCCCUUGUAAGGCGGAAUUUGUGCCAGCGGCAAGAAUUCUAUGGUUUUCGCGGAUCAAGGAGGCAAAAUUCUAGCGCCGCGUUAAUCUCGAUUUUCUCGUACUUCUGUUGACUCAGCAGAACCUUGGCAAUGCAAACUUGGGGUUCCAACUAGACUCAGCGCCGGCUCACAAAGCAAAAUCAACUCAGGGCCCGGAAUGGAACCGAUUUUCCCGAUUUUAUCCCGUCUGCAAAAUAGCCGUCUGCGCGCCGGAUCUGAAUCCGACAGACCAAAUUUUUUUUUAAUUGGAGACCAACGCCUGUACUACGCGCCACAAAAGUUUGGAGUCGCAGAGUUGUCGUUGCGCCGAGAACGGGACCGAUUUCCCCGAAAAGAGCUGCGGCCCCGAGCCCAAAAUUUUAUGUUACGUUUGGAGCCCUAUAUCGCCACCAAAGGCAGCCACUAUGAAACUGGCUUGACACGUUAUCAAUAAUCCUCUAUGUUACUGAUAUCCAUCGUUAGUUUUGUUAAAUUUUGUAUGGUAUAUAAAAUGCAGCCAUAAAAAAACAUGCAUUUUUUUUGGGACACCCUGUAUAGUAUUGCCUAUAACUUAUUUAAGGUUUAAAGAGACCUUUUUCGGACAAAAGAAGUUGCUUUCUGAGCGUGUUUUUGAAUUUUCAAACUUUCGUUGCGGGACCAUUUGGGUCCCGACACGAAAUCUUGAAAAGUCUUGUAGGAGACUCAAAUCGACCAGGUAGACUGUAAAUUAAUUGAAAAUAUAAUAUUUGUCUGGAUUUUUUUGUAUGACGUCAUUUUCUCUUAAAAUUCAAAAAACAUCUCUGAAAAUCAUCAAUAUUUGCGAUUUUUCAGUUCGUAAGCCAUGUUAACGUCCAAUCUGUAACGUCCCUUCAAUGGAUGGGCAAAUGGACCGAUUUUGGGUUCAACAGACGCCGUGACUUUAUGCGAAUCGUCCGCCAUGGAGUACUGUAUCCAAUCAUUGGACCCAUCCACGUGUUAUCGGGUGGAAAAUAUUUCACUUCGUUCAAGAAUCCGGUUGCGCGAUUUAUCAGCCAAACGGCCGCCUAUUUAAUCCUAUUGACUUGUAUUUUCUUGAGUCGGGUUUUCGAUCAGCCCGACGUGGAGCGAGUGGGAUGGCUGACUCCGCACACGUUCUUCUUCGCUUAUAUCUACAGCUAUUUUGUGGGCUUCAUUUUGGAUCAAGCGGCAUCGAUGUGGAUUAUGGGCGCGGAGUUCUUCUUUGACAUGUGGUGGAAGUGGUGGGUGGAAUAAAGAAAAAAUCUUUUUUUUUAUGUUUUACAUUGCACAGUGUAGAAUUUUGUUCAUCGAAAUUACAGUGGUAAUUUUAGAGGCAUAGUAAAAAUUCCAAGUUUUUCUAACAUUAUAAUACAGUUGGCGGCUUUAUCCACCUAAUAGGCGAAUAAAAUGAUGACUUUCCUGAUUUUCAGGGUCUUCGUGGCAAGACCCAAAAAUAUUCAUAUGGUGUUGACAACAUGGUGAAUACACUUACUAUGAAGUUGAAAGUAAUAUUUUUUUCGAAUAUUUUUUUUAUUUAUCGCUUUUCUCAUCAAAUGACCGAAAUUUAAGUCCCACCACGAAAUCCCUGAAAAUCAGAGAACAAUGUCAUAGCCUCGUAAAAUUCAAAACUCCAGCAACUUGUGGCCUCGUAAACUAAUUUGAGUCAAUUUCAGGAUAGAUUAUGCAAUGUGUCACGUAAUGUUGACCGUUUUUAUACUGCACAUUUGUCUGCUCGGCGAGAGUCAAGUCUACAAUCCGAACGAGUCGAUGAACGAUCCCGGACAUUUGCAAGUCUACUACGAUAUUGUCUUCUCGUUUGCUUGUCUGUUGGCGACCGCUCGCGGGCUUUACAAUCUGCAGUUGCUUCGGAAUUUGGGAUCUACCAUUGUAUGUCAUACACAAUAUUUCUAUACGUAUUUUACCAAUCGGAACAUACGUAUUUUACCAAUCAAAACAUCCAAAAUCAAGUGUUAAAUUAAUUUCAGAUCUCAACUGGCCGAUGUAUGGGCGAAGUCGUCGAAUAUUUUUUCAUUAUGGGACUGGUGAUGGUCGCGUUUUCCAUUGCGCUGAAUUUGAUCGCCCAGCCGUACCAUGUGGAGAAAUUUUCACUGUAUGUUUUCAACGAGAUUUUUACCCCUUUUGCAUUUGAUUUUGCCCAGUUUCGGUGCGAAAAAUCAAAAUUUCUCUGAUUUUCAGGUUUCCGUGGUGGGACCCAAAAAAAUGUAAUUUGGCGGGAAAUUUGAAAUUGAAUUUUUUUACGUCCAAAAAAAUUGUUUUUGUUGAAGAAAAAUGCUGUAGUAUCCAAAAUCUCGACUAGUUUUUUGAGUCAUCUUAAAAUUUCGGUCCCACCACGAAAACUUGAAACUCCAAAAUUUGAUAGUUUUUUCCGUGAAAAUCAUAUUUUUGACUCUCCCAAAAAUUGCAUGUUGCAUUUUCAGGUUGACCCACGCCUUUCGCAACUUGUUUUGGGCAUUUUACGGCUACCUUUCGCCCUCCGACUACCACUUUACAGCCUACGAUUUUUCGGCCGACAAUUUCAACAAGUCCAUGGCGCAGGCCGGAAUCGAAAUGCUGAGUGUGCUGUACUACAUGGUCAUGGUUAUUUCGUUGCUGAAUUUGAUGAUCUCGUUGUUGGUGGAGAGGGCGCAUGUCAUUAUGGUAAGUUAUAAUCGAUUCAAAAAAAAUUUGAAAAAACAUUAAGUUCGUAUUUUUUUAUCUAAUAUAGAGGAAAUUCUCCCGUAUUUUACAAAUACUUUUUAAUAAUUUUUUAUUGAUGAAGUAGCAACACAGGGAACUCGGAUUUACUUAUAUGUACGCCUUUUUUACUUAUAUGAAAUUGAAGUUUAUAUAAGUAAAUAAACGUACAUAUAAGUAAAUAAUCGUACAUAUAAGUAAUUCUGAAAUUACUUAUAUGUAAACUUUAUUUUCGGCGCGCUCCGAAUUUACUUAUAUUUACAAAUAAGGAUAUUUUACUUAUAUUUACCAAUAAGGACACUUUACUUAUUUGUAACCCAGAAUUACGCACAGUGCAGAUUAUAUUAUAAACGUUUAUUUCGAUUCUCAAAAACGACAAAUACAAGUCGGUAACGCAUCUUGUGUGCUCCGGAUAGGUUUCUCAUCUGUUGUUGUCCUCAUGAGGCAUCAAUUGCUUAUUUUCGGGAUCUUCUAUGGCGAUUUCUGCGUCUGGAUUCACUGAAAAUAGCAAAAAUAAAGAAGAUAAGGGCGUUUGACGAUAUUUACUAUAAGCCCUUCUCAAUUGUUUGUUUCUGCACCCCGAAAAAAUUAGUUUUAGGUUCACCAAGUUUGCCAAUGAAAUUUCGAGACACCAAGUUUGUCAUGUUGCACUAGGUCCAGGUGAAUAUUCUCAACAUACCUGAAGCAUCCGAGUGCCAUUUUUCCGGGAUCGUGUGUACAUUGUCCAUUUACUACCCUCCACGACCAAUUUUUCGAUAAUCUGAAACCUAGAGGCUUCACCUGGACCUAGUACAACAUAGCAAAACUAUGUCUGGAAAAAUCUUUGGUUUUAUGAAAUGUGAAAACAGUUAAAAAACACCUACCAAGUUUGAGCACACAGUUGUUCAUCCAAAUUCUUUCCUCAUAGUGCUUGUUCAUAGAUUUUUGGGAACUGCGUGAAGUUUGACGUUAACAUGCUCCAUGCUCGGGAAGGUUCUCGCGUUCGCAACUUUUGAUCCGAGCACUCUGUUACCCUGUAAAAGAAAAAAACUGACUACAAGCAACUUACUUUAUUCGAUCCAAGGUUGAGAUACGUUCUUUGACGCUCCAAAAACUUAGAAUUUUUCUAAGUCCGGCCAACGCGUGCAGAAACCAAAAAGCGUCUUUGACGCUCAAAAGUUUUCUUUUCGAGGCUCAUAUAUGUACAUAUAAGUAAAAAUAAACGAGCUCCGCCGUUUUUUACAUAUAAGUACCGCUAUUUGUAAAUAUAAGUAAAUAAACGUAAAUAUAAGUAAAAAUAAAUAAGCCCCGCCUUUUUUAACUUAUAUGUAAGUUAUUGGUAAAUAUAAGUAAAAAAUUUUACUUAUAAGUAAAUCCGAGUCCCCUGUGAAGUUUUUUGAAAAAAAAAAUUUUUUGGUCCCGCCGCGAAAUUUUUUAAAAUUAUCUGCGUAAAUUAUAAACUCGUAUUUUACCCUCUGACUACACUCAUUUUAUUCCUAUUUCUAAACUUUUUUUGAGUCCCAACACGAAGUCCCUGAAGAUCGGGGUCAACCCUAAAAACUCCUUUUUUGAUAAAAUAUGAGUUCACACUUCGAAAUAAAACCUUGCCGACGUAUUUUAAAACUUGAACGAACCUAAAAUCUUUUAGGAAAACGAAGAGCCCGAAUGGAAGUACACCCGAUCCUACAUUUACAGCGAGUACUGGCAUACACACACCACUCUGCCUCCGCCAUUUAAUAUCAUUGUCCUGGGCAUUGAGCUGUGUAAUUAUUGGGCAAAAGUGAAUUGAAAAAUGAAAGAAAAAUGUCGUAUUUUAGAUGUUCCGCGAUCAACUCGACCUUGAAGCAGAGGCGGAAGUUGAGCAGCAAAAUAACCGGGCUUAUCAGCGAUUACUUGUGGUCAUUUUCCGUCGCUAUGUGGCUUCACAACGAUUCCAUUUCAUCAACAGCUCGGUGAUGGACAAAUCGGUGGGUUUUUGGGGUGUUACAGUAUCCCAAGUCCCAUUUGAAAUUAAAUUUUUGCCAUUUGAAUGAAGUUUAGGGUGGCUACAGUAAUCUCGCUGCAAAAUAAUCCGACUAUAAGCCCGUAUAUGCAAUAAAGUUAAAUUUUUAGCCUAACAUCCAAAUGCCGGCCAACAAAAUCAACUUCCUGAACCAUGUCCUCCACAAUCCGAAAGAAGCCCCGUCCAGCCACCAGGGACGACCAAAAGAACCAAGGGAAACUACGAGAACCCCAGGCACACCUUCAGAACAGCCACCACAACAACAGCCAGCCGCUGGUAAUACACAGCAGCAACCGGCUACUGGCAAUCCACCCCAACAACAACAACCAGCUGCUAAUCCGCCACAACAACAGCCAGCUGCUGGUAAUCCACCACAGCAACAGCCAGCAGCUUCUAAUCCACCGCAACAACGGCCGGUUGCUGCUAAUACACCUCAACAGCCGACUACUCGUAAUCCACAGCAACAGUCGGCUGCUAAUCAACCACGAAAACCAGCUGCUGGUAAAUAA